AUGGCUGAGGUAGCAACACCCUCCGCCGAGGCGAUGGAGCAUGCUCGCCAGCCUACUCCUUCGAACGCUGGCAAGGAGAAGGGCCCUGCAACCACCCGCCCGGAGAGACCUGAUGAAGAAAAGUACAAGGCCGAGUUGGCUCAGGCCGAGAAGGAGUUGAGGUCUUCCGAAGAGCGGAUGAAGAACAUCAAGUCCAAACUCGAUAUGACCAAACCGAACAACAAGGAUUCCCCAACGGCGAAGAGGCAGCAAGACCUCCGAAGCGAAUUGCAGUCGAUCCGUCAGCAGCAGCAGACCAGCAAGUCCGGCCGCACGCAAGUCAUGGACAAGGUCAAGCGCUUGGAUGAGAACCUGAAGUCCCGCAUUGCAGAGCAAAAGGCUGCACGCAGCAAAGUUGCAUUCAAGUCGGUCGAUGACGUGCAGAGGGAGAUUGACAGACUUCAAAAGCAGGUUGACGCUGGAAACAUGAAGAUUGUGGACGAGAAGAAGGCACUGUCUGACAUCUCGCAACUCAACCGACAAAAGAAAGGCUUUGCUGGCUUUGAGGAGGCACAGAGAGGCAUUGAUGAUGUCAAGGCACAGAUUUCGGAGCUCAAGAAGUCUAUGGAUGAUCCUGAAUCGAAAGCUUUGAGCGACAGGUAUACACAGAUCACCACCGAACUGGACCAGAUCAAGGCCGAGCAAGACGACGUCUACAAGAACAUCAACGCCCUCCGAGACGAACGCACCAAGGCUCACGAAGAUCAGCAAAAGAAAUAUGCCUCCGUCAAGGAGAUCAAGGACCGCUACUACCAAUCUCGCCGCGCUGCUGCCGAAUAUGAGAAGGAAGCACGUCGUGUCCGGGACGAGAGGAGGAAAGCGGAGAAUGAUGCGUACCACCGCGGUAGGAGACAAGAAGCCGCGAAGGAGAAGCUCGAAGAUGCCAGCGCACCUGCGUACCAGAGCGAGAUCCGCACCACCCAAAGCCUGCUCGCUCACUUCGACCCAUCGUACUCUCAGAAGCAGACCGUGACCAGCCCUGGCAAGUUCGCAGCUGCUCCCAGUCGGACAGUGGACAGCUCUGGCAUCAAAGGCACCGCGCUUAAGAAGAAGGGCGAGGACGAGGAGAGCUACUUUGUCGGUGGCGGCGGCAAGAAGAACAAGCGCAACCGGAACCAGCAGCAGGGCGGCGCUGCGUCUCCUGCACCUGAAGGCAAAUUCAAUUUGGACAUUGGCACGAUUGACAGCCUGGCCAAGAUUGGCAUCGACCCGCCCAUGUCCCAGGCGGAUGUUCCCUCUGUUGUCGAGAAGCUGAAGGAGAAGCUCGAGUUUUGGAAGGGUGACCAGAAGAGGAAGACGGAUGAGAAUAUCGCCGCCGCCCAGAAAGAAAUCGACCGCUUGGAAGCUGAAGCACAAGCUGCAGACAGCAAAGCCGGCGGCGCAACUGAGACUGCUCGCACGCCAGCGACCGAGAAGCAAGGUGUCAACGGCUCUGCAUCUGCUGGUGCUCAGCAGGAACAGGAGAACGAUGGUGUUGCGGACGCCACUGAGGACCUCGAGAAGGCGAAGAUUGAGGACGAGAAGGCGCCCGAGGGCACAGUCUAA